UAAACGCGCUUCUUUCUGCGUUCGUACAGAAACAUGGCGGCCUCCAGUCUCAAUGCGGUUCGAGUCAGGCUGUAUUUUGAUUACCCUCCUCCCUCCAUGCCUGACUGCCGUAUGAGCUGGCUGCUGGUGGAUCUGAAUAAAUGUCGUGUUGUUGCAGAUUUGUGUAGCGUUAUUCGAGAAAAGUUCGAUUAUAGCCGUAAAACAGACUUCGACUUGUUCAUUGAGAACUGUUUCCUCCCCCCUGCAGAGAGCAUCUAUGUGGUUCGUGAUAAUGACAGUAUAAGGGUGAAGGUUUCCAGUGUUUCUUGUGAGCACGGAAGGAAAAAAAGGCAUAGAGAGGAAGAAGGCUUGUUUCAAGCACCAAUGAAGAAGAAAAAACACAAACCAAGCGAGGUGAAUGGUCUCACCCAACCAACAGGUGCAACAAAGAAAAAACACAAAGCAAAGAAAAACAAGAGGGAAGAGCAGCAGGUUGAGUCUGGAGAUGCCUUAAAAGCAGCCGUCCCUGCUAAAGAACCUUCAUCAUCUUCAAAGUCCCAGACAAACAAGAGCAGCAAGAAAGCUUCAGCAUCUUCUGUCCUUACUAAUGGAAAAGUGGUUUCAUCACGUACGCAUAAUAAAAGCUCAGAAUCUUCAGACAGCAGUGAGGAGGUUACUAAAAAACCUCCUCCACCCAAAUCCAAACCUGCACAGAUCGUGGCAACCAAACGGCCUUCAUUGAGAAAAACCUCUUCCUCAGAUUCAUCUUCGGAUGACGAAGAUGAAAAAGUUCCUGUGAAAAAACCUCCGAAAACAAUUACCAGUACAAAGACGCCUAAAGAGCAGACGUCUUCUGUUACACCAAAAUCCACGACGAACUCUACAACAGUGAAGAGAAAACAAGCGCAGUCCUCUUCAGAUUCGUCCUCGUCAGAAGAUGACGAUUCCAGAAAAGGGAGCGUUCUGGUUCUGAAAAAAUCUAUGACCAACUCUAAAACGGCGUCUUUACUGCAAACGCAGCCACCUUCGUCCAGUCACCAAGGUGAAGCCAGGAAAACCUCUGCGUCCAAAAAACCUUCCGGAGACUCCAAAAUGACCAAAACACAAACUUCUUCAGAUUCCUCCUCAUCCUCUGAAGACGAGGCCUGUAAAGCAAACGGUCCUGCAACACCCAAACCUGUUAAAACGGCACAAGCACAAACGCAGCCGUGCUCAGAAUUGUGCGCUGUGGUGGAGAACGACGCAACUCAGACUCCGGCCACUCCGGUAGGAACGAUGCUUCAGGAGAACAAGGACAAAAUGGAGAGUUCUGACUCGUCCGGCAGCAGCAGUGACACGGAGCUGAUGAUAAAGAAGCCGAACCUUCAGCUCAUGGCUGGUUUAGCUCCUCGGGGGAGGGGCCGGGGAUUCCCGGACAGAGUCAGAGGUCGAGGAGUGGUCAGGGGCGGCUUGGGCAGGGCCAGAGGAACGCCUUGGAAGCAGAACUUUCAUUUUCACUAUGACGACAAAGAGGAGAGUAAGCGGAGCGAGAUCCAAACUAAUAAAAGUUUGGUGCUGCAGAUGCCGAAUGCUAUUGACAAGCGAGAUGAAGCGAAGAAUCCUCCAGAGCCGAGUCCCAAGCAGGAUUAUAGCACUCUGCCUCUUCUCGCUGCUCCUCCUGCAGUAGGUCAGAAGAUCGUUUUUAAGCUUUUAGAGCUCACGGAGAACUACACACCAGAAGUAUCGGAUUAUAAAGAAGGGAAGAUCAUUGGUUUUAAUCACAACACGAACAUGAUUGAGCUGGAGCUUCUAACACGGAGUCAAGGUAACUCAUACACCCGAACUGAACCUGGGAAGUUCGAUCUGGUGUAUCAGAACCCAGACGGCUCUGAAAGGGUGGAGUAUGCAGUCACUCACGGUUCUCAGCUGACAGAGCGUUGGGAGUCGCUGCUCGAGCCCAGGCUUAUUGUGCAGAACCCAGGCUGAGAAUUUUUAUUUUACUUCCAGAUUUUUUUUUUUUUUUAAUGAGCGCACUUGUUUUGUGAAGCCUUUUUAAGUCAGUGUGAAUAUUACCUGAAUAAAUAUCUUUUUUAAAUAUACAAA